UUGACGUUGACAUGACGUUUAUGCAGCAGCGUUUCAAAUUCAAUAAAAGUAGUGGGUUAAGGUGGUGCGAUACAGUUGUAAUUAAUUGCAGAGCUGUAACAGUGCUAUACAAAAAUGAUUUUAGUCGACAUUUAUGAUAUGAUGAGCUGUUGGACGUUUCUUAUCGCACUCCAAGUUAUUCUAGUCUCGACAUACUUCUUAUGGACGAGAAAAAGUAAGAAAUACAAGGAUCCACUUAUGACAGACGAGCGUAUAGAAUGGAACCCAAUACCUCUGGUGCCUUACGAAGUUGAGAACGACGAGGCACCAUUGAUGGGUAAAAUAGACGAAAACGUACUUAAUGUGGGUGCUACCAGCUUCCUAUGCCUUGAUAAAGAGGAAGUUAUUCUUGAAAGUGCUAUUAAUUCUCUACACAAGUAUGGAGUUGGUUCCUGUGGCCCUCGUGGCUUCUAUGGGACUAUAGAUGUGCAUUUAGAACUUGAGGAACGCUUGGCCAAAUUUCUAGAAGUAGAAGAGACUUGCGUAUACUCAUAUGGGUUCUCUACAAUAGCCAGCGCAAUCCCUGCAUAUUCCAAGAAGAGUGACAUCAUAUUUGCUGACGAAGCAGUCUGGUUCGCGAUACAAAAAGGUAUCGAAGCUUCUAGAAGCACUGUCCGUUACUUCAAGCACAAUGACGCUGGCGACCUCGAGCGACAGCUGACAGAAGCUGCUCAGAAGAAGGAACUGAAUCCGAAGAGACGCGCCUUCCUCGUGGUUGAAGCUAUAUACUUUAAUACUGGAGAAAUGUGUCCAUUAAAGCAAGUGGUGGAAUUAGCUAGGAGAUUUAAGUUGAGAAUUAUCUUGGAUGAAAGUUUAACUAUUGGGGUAUUGGGUAAACACGGUCGGGGUAUAACGGAACAUCUGAAGAUCCCGCGAGACGAGAUUGACUUGAUCGUGGGCUCGCUGGAACACUCGUUCGCGACAAUCGGGGGCUUCUGUGCCGGCACCCACUUUAUUGUGGAGCACCAGCGGCUCUCUGGACUUGGUUACUGCUUCAGCGCGUCUUUACCGCCGAUGUUGACGCAAGCCGCUAUCACUGCUUUGGAUAUUUUGGAAGAGAAACCAAACAUCCUCAAAGAAUUAGACGAAAACUCCAUAAAACUUAACAAAGCACUGGCUGAAUUGAAACAUUUCACAUUCCGAGGUAACGAACUUUCGCCGGUUAAACAUAUUUACCUUAGAAAUGCGGACAAUACUGAUGUCGAUACGAAACAGUCUUGUUUGAGGAAAAUCGCAAAAUAUUGUAUGGAAAAAGGCGUCGCUUUCGCUGUAGCGGCUUAUAUAAGGGACGCGGAGAUUAAUUGUCCAGAACCUUCGAUAAGAUUGGCUUCCAGUAGGAAAUUAAACGACUCAAAUAUAUCAAUGAUAUGUAAUUUAUUGGACGAAGCUUAUGAAAACGUUGUUCCUAACCUCAAACUACAAUCAUCUUAGAUCUCAAUUGUCUAUGGUAUUAAAAGUAACAUGUCACAAUUCCCGCCAAAAUAAUUACCGACAAUUUCAAAUUGUCUAUGGUGCAUUUAAAACAUGUCACAAUCCCGCCAAAGUUAUUUUAACGUUUAUCAUGUGUUCGUAUAUUAUUUAGAUUAAUAAUGUUAAUUUAGUAUUACUUUUUAAUAUGCUUCUAAAAUUCAUGGGUAUUAUUUGAACGCAUUUAUUUGUUGUGUUAAAGUUUUUCACUUUAUUCCAUACUAUAAGCAUUACCUACUUAAUUUUUAUCUAAUAAGUUCUAACCCAGUAUUUUUAAUCUAUGCACUUUACUUUCAUGUUUUACUUUAAGUACUAAAAAUAAUUGUUAUCAAAAUUGUUAAGUUUGUGUAUCGUUUAUAUCAUUUUUACUAAUGUCUUAGAAGUCAAUUUUGUAAUUUUAGGUACACGCACAGAUGUUGAACAUAAUUAUUUCGAACACAUUUAUAUUAACAUAAUAUAAAAUAAUAUUUAGAUCAACAUUGUAAUAUGUAUAAGUUU